AUGCCAACUGAGAAAUAUGACUUCGCGAAGGAGUUUGAGGAAAUAUACAUUUCCAAGCAAAGUGCUGCUCCCAGUAUCAUGAGCGACAGCAGGCGCGUCCGGCUCCAAAGUUACCCCCCUCUCGGUCAAGUAACGCAGAUGGGAAGUGAAAAUGCCGCUUUCACUGCGGUGCUGGAAAUACCACGAGAUCGUGUCCAAGAACCGUGGGAGGUUUCUCUAUGGCUCUCCGUUGACCAAAGCGAAUGGAAAGAAUCGAGACUCGACAAAGUCGAGGCUCGACCGGAGCCGCAAACACUUCAAUGUCUACCAAGUUCGAUGUGCAGGCUUUAUUUUUCGUCCUCCAUACCCUUCUCAUCUUCCGUCCAGUUCACGCUGAGAUUUCGCCACGAUCGGGAUCAGCCAUGGAAAUGGAUUUCUGACGAACAAGGCCUAAGGGACGGUCACAUUGUGGCCUCCUCCUCUGAUCACCGGUCGGACGAUAUUCAAACUCUGAUAGCCGAUCUCAAUGGCGAAUGGAAGGCGACAUCACACAUGAGCCAAGCGCCUGAAACUCAGCUGUGGUCUCUCGAAGCAACCAUUCUCCGCGCACAAGGGGACACAUCUACUUUCAAAGACAUCGAAAUUGGGAUGCCAUGGGGGGUGAUUCUAAGGUGGUUUGCUCUCGUACGCCUAUGGAGUCCAUGGCUGGCUCCAAGACAGGGCAGGGACUGCUUCUCCCUUGACAAGGAAGCCGUUCUCUGUUGCUUCAUGAACCCCCAAGGAAGAAACCUAGUAUUUCUCGCCGUCAAUGGGCUACAGGACGUAUUGUACGUCAUGCGCAGUACGGAGAAAGGCGGCAUAUCUGUCCACGCAAGGAAUGACGGAACAGCAGACGAAACGGUAACUGUGCUCGUAUCAGAAGGGGCUGACUUGGAACGUGCCGUCGCCGCUGUCAUGUAUCACGCCCGCACUCUCGUAUCCAGAACCAAGCGAACAACCCAGGGCUGGGACGAGCAGACGCGAUCCCUCACCGAAGCUGGCAAACCGACGUGGGAGGAGAACUGGCAUGACGGGCUCGGAUACUGUACGUGGAAUGGGCUGGGUCAAAAGUUGACAGAAGGAAUGAUUCUGGAUGCUGUAAAACGCUUAUACGACCAUGGAAUCAACAUCACGAGCCUCAUCAUAGACGACAAUUGGCAAUCGAUCGACUUCAAAGGGGACGGGCAAUUUCAGUACGCGUGGCUCGACUUUGAAGCUGAACGAAAAGCGUUUCCGGAUGGCCUCAAAGCUAUGGUGUCCCGCCUUAGGCAGCAGCACCCGGGCCUCCAGCAUAUUGCCGUCUGGCACGCGCUUCUGGGCUACUGGGGCGGGAUCUCUCCUACGGGAAGGAUCGGGCAAGCAUACAAAACGGUUGAAGUUGUUCGCGAGGAGUCGAAACGUCGAAAUCUCCCUCUUGGCGGCCGCAUGACUAUCGUGGCCAAGGAGGACGUCGAGAAGUUCUACGAUGAUUUCUAUCGGUUUCUCAUCGACGCCGGGAUCGACGGCGUCAAGACGGACGCACAAUUUAUGAUAGACACCUGGGCAGGCGCAGAGGCUCGGCGCGAACUCAUCAACACGUACCUGGACGUAUGGACAACCACCUCAUUCAGAUACUUUGGCGCUAAAGCAAUCUCCUGCAUGUCACAGUUUCCGCAGGCCAUGUUUCGUUCCCAGAUGCUCCAGAAUCGGCCUCCGCUGCUGGUCCGCAACUCCGACGACUUUUUCCCCGAAAUCCCGGCUUCACACCCCUGGCACGUGUGGGCGAACGCACACAACAGCAUCUUCAUGCAGUACCUAAAUGUACUUCCGGACUGGGACAUGUUUCAGACCGUGCACAGUUACUCGGAGUUCCAUGCUGCAGCGAGGUGUGUCAGCGGUGGUCCCAUCUACAUCACGGACGUUCCUGGGGAACACAACAUGGAGUUGAUCAGGCAGAUGACGGGGAUCACGCCAAGAGGAGCGACUGUGAUAUUCAGACCCAGCGUCGUGGGCAAAUCAAUCGCUCCCUAUACAGGAUAUGAUGACAAUCUGCUUCUCAAGGUUGGGAGCUAUCAUGGUGAUAUCCCCGCAACCCUCGAAAGUCGAUGCGGCGGGCAGCGACUGACUGAAAAUGAAACAGGGCCCGCACAAUCGGGAACCGGAAUAGUUGGACUCUUCAACAUCUCGGCCCGAUCACUGACCGAGAUCAUUCCCCUUUCCGAUUUUCCGGGGACGGGAUCGUUUGCCCAAUACGUCGUGCGCGCGCAUACGACGGGCAGGGUGUCGGAGCCAAUGAAACCAGGGACGCCAAACUCGCUUGUAACAACGACACUUGAUGUUCGAGGCUACGAAAUUCUCUGCGCCUUUCCCUUGGUCUCACUCAAGGGUCACAAACAUGGAAACGGUUGGGCAGGAAACUUUGGCCUCGUCGGCAAGAUGACCGGCUGCGCAGCCAUCGCAAGCAGCCGAAUAAGUCAGCUGAAGAACGGUAGAGUGUCUGUGAAAACAAGGCUCAGAGCACUAGGCGUGCUCGGUAUGAAACGAAAGCUGAGAUGUGACGGGCACGGGCUGAUGAAAAUUGCAGGCAUCUACGUCUCCACGCUGCCGACGAUGACGAUAGACGACGACAUUAUGACGACGAUGCAUGACCGACCGAUACCCCGACAUACCGUGAGCAUUUCCAAGGACGCAGAGUACGUGCUGGAGGUCGAUAUUGAAACGGCAUGGAAGGAGAUGGGCCUGCAUGGUGGCCAGCUGGACGAGGUGGAAGUCAAGAUUGACUUUGAUGCAUAA